CCCUGGUGAAAACUGCGGGCUUCGCGCUGGGUGCAGCAACUGGAGGCGGUGGUGCAUCCGAAGGAGGCUGCAGCAACGCGAGUCCAGAAUCCAGGACAGAACUCUCGGCACCAUGAACCCAGCCAUCGGCAUCGCUCUCCUGCUUUCAGUCUUGCAGAUGUCCCGAGGGCAGAAGGUGACCGGCCUGACAGCCUGCCUGGUGGACCAGAACCUUCGCCUGGACUGCCGUCACGAGAAUAACACCAACUUGCCCAUCCAGCACGAGUUCAGCCUGACCCGAGAGAAAAAGAAGUACGUGCUCUCGGGCACCCUCGGGGUACCUGAGCACACGUACCGCUCUCGGGUGAGCCUCUCCAGCAAGCCCAACAUCAAGGUCCUCACCUUGGCCAACUUUACCAACAAGGACGAGGGCAUCUACACGUGUGAGCUGCGAGCCUCUACCCAGCCUCCCACGGUCUCCUUUCAAAACAUCUCUGUGCUCAGAGACAAGCUGGUGAAGUGUGGUGGCAUAAGCCUGCUGGUUCAGAACACCUCAUGGCUGCUGCUGCUCCUGCUUUCGCUCUCCCUCCUCCAAGCCAUGGAUUUCAUUUCUCUGUGACUGGCUGGGCCCAUGAAGAAACAGGAAACCUCCAGGCCCAGUAAAGAGGUCCUGUUUCUCUGUGUCAGCUGACUCCCUCCCCUAGUCCCUCAAAUAUCUCAAAAAUGGGGAGAAACGGGGACCCUGUCCCUCAUAAGGAACCCCAGUGCUGCAUGCCAUUGCCACCCACCUCUGCCACUCCGCUCUCUCCACACCACUGGCUGUCAUUUUGUACUCUUUAUUCCAGGGUUGCUUCUGUCUGUUUAUUUAGAGCUUAUCCUUUCCUUCCUCUGAGAGUUUGGGACAAGGGAGGCCAGGACUGGGGACCUGACGGAGCAUAAGGGCAUAUGAUGGGCUGCAGGGUGGCAGGAUAUCAGUCUCUGAGGGGGGAGUUCCUCCUUGCCAACCAAGCCAGAUGCCUGAAAGAGGUAUGGAUGAGGGUGAUGGAGUGUGUUUGUGCCUGAUGCGCCCAGUGGGCAGGGAGGGGAUGCCUGAAGAUAUCAGGGUGCUGCUGUGCCUUUGUGGCCCAUCUAAUGAGGAUGAGAACGUAGCUUCUACAAGAUCAUUCUCAGCCACCACAUACAAGCCCCUUCCUAUCGCUGAAGAAAUCCCCUGGGGCUCUUGAGCCAAGGUACACUCAGGAAAGAUGGAGGGAAUAUUGAGCCAGGAAAUAUUGGGGGAAAGGAUAGGAGGUAGGGGGCCAUCAUCCCUCCUCUAAAACAAGAGCCUGCGGUCUCCAGUGCCACUGCCUGUAAUGAAAAGGGUGGCAGAGAAAGAAGCCCUUUCUCUGCUCCCAAGGAGGCAGAAUUCUGACUACAGGAUCUAAGUCAGUGAAGGAAGGGAGCCCUAGGGCCACCCAGCUGGACUCAACUUGCUAAGGAAGAUUCUUUGUUCUUCUUCCCCUUGCCCCUCUGUGCCAGCUCCUCUUGCUGUCCCAGAUCCCCCAAACAACCAGAGUCUUGCAACCUGCCUUGUUCAGGAAUUCCUAGUGUCAGAGGCAGGUGGUGGCGUGAGAAGCAGUGUGCACACUUUUGGGAAGACAGCUUUUCCAAACACCCUCUUUCCCGCUGGCAGCUCUGCCCGUCCUGUCACCGUGUGUAAUGCCACCACAGCUUAAAGCAUCUCACUGAGGAAAAAGAAAACUGCACAAUAAAACCAAGUCUCUGGAGUCUG